GUAAUGCAGAAGCUAGGCUUCGAAAACUCGAGAUCCUACUACCCAAGCGGCACAGAGACGCCGUACAGCGACCAGUCGUCGGAGAUUAUCGAGAACACGGCGUCGACGAGCAAUUACUACGGGGAAAAUCAACCGUAUGUGGAGAUUACGCUCGAUAUCCACGAAGAUUCCGUCUCCGUGUACGGCUUGAAGUCACCGGACCAUAACGGCGCCGGAUCGAAAUACGAGGAUCCAGGGAAAUCGCUUCUGAGGCCAGGCCGUUCGGGGAAGAGUAACUCGGUAUUGAAACGCAUAGCGUCGUCGGUAUCCACCGAGCUGAAACGAGUUGCUUCUUCGGUUUCUUCUUCGUCGGCGAGAAAACCGCCGCGUCCGCCUCUGGUUCGGUUCCGCCGUUCGAAAUCUAGGGCAGAGCUAGCGCUCAAGGGUCUCAAAUUCAUCACCAAGACUGAUGGCGUCGCUGGUUGGCCUGGGGUUGAGAAACGGUUCCAUGAGAUUACCGAGUCUAGCAACGGAUUGUUGCAUCGCUCCAGAUUCGGUGAAUGUAUAGGGAUGAAAUCGAAGGAGUUUGCGUUGGCAUUGUUCGACGCUCUAAGAAGGAGAGAAAACGUAAAUGGAGAUUCGAUAAGCAAGAAGCAGCUUGAAGAGUUUUGGAAGCAGAUCACUGAUCAGGAUUUUGAUUCGAGGCUACGAACUUUCUUCGCAAUGGUGGAUAGAGAUGCGGAUGGGAGGUUGAAUAGAGGCGAAGUAAGAGAGCUUAUAAGUCUAAGUGCUUCUGCAAACGAACUGGAUAACAUUCGGAGACAAGCCGAUGAAUAUGCUGCUUUGAUUAUGGAAACACUAGAUCCCUAUCAUUAUGGUUACAUCAUGAUAGAGAAUCUCGAGGUGCUGCUGUUGCAAGCGCCAAUGGAGGAUAUAAGAGAUGGGGAGAGUAAAAAUCUGAGCACGAUGUUAAGUCAGAAGCUCAAGGUUUCGCAGAGUGGGAAUCUCGGGGAGCGUUUGUACAGAGUGGUGAAGUAUUCUGUGUUGGAUAAUUGGAAGAGAGUGUGGGUGAUGGCUCUAUGGAUAGGUGUUAUGGCCGGGCUGUUCGCGUGGAAGUUUAUACAGUAUAGGAAGAGAUCUGCUCACCAAGUUAUGGGGGUUUGUGUUUGUAUAGCUAAAGGAGCUGCAGAGACCCUUAAACUAAACAUGGCUAUGAUUUUGUUGCCAGUUUGUAGAAACACCAUCACUUGGCUCCGGACCAAAACCAAGUUAGGUGCUGUUGUUCCUUUCGAUGACAGCCUCAAUUUUCACAAGGUUAUUGCAAUAGGAAUCUCAGUUGGAGUUGCAAUCCAUGCCACAUGUCACUUAGCCUGCGAUUUCCCCCGGCUGAUUGCUGCAAAUGAAGAGACGUAUAAGCCAAUGGUGAAGUAUUUUGGGGAUCAAACGAAGAGAUAUAUGGACUUUGUGGAGUCGGUGGAAGGAGUUACAGGGAUUGCAAUGGUUAUACUAAUGACUAUAGCCUUCACAUUGGCUACGCCAUGGUUCAGACGUAAUAAGCUCAAUCUUCCUGGACCACUGAAGAAAACAACCGGCUUCAACGCCUUCUGGUACUCUCACCACUUGUUUGUUAUUGUCUACUCGCUGCUUGUUGUUCACGGAUACUAUGUCUACCUCAUCAAGACAUGGUACAAGAAAACGACAUGGAUGUAUUUGAUGGUACCAGUGGUUCUUUACUUGUCUGAAAGGCUGAUUCGUGCGCUCAGGUCAGGCAUUGAGGCUGUUUCAAUACUAAAGGUUGCUGUGUUACCAGGGAAUGUCUUGUCGCUUCAAAUGUCAAGACCAAGCAACUUCAGCUACAAAAGCGGACAAUACAUGUAUCUCAACUGUUCUGAAGUUUCUUCAUUAGAAUGGCAUCCAUUCUCAAUUACCUCGGCUCCAGGAGAUGAUUACCUCAGUGUCCACAUAAGAGUUCUAGGAGACUGGACUAAGCAAUUAAGACUAUUAUUCUCUGAGGUGUGUAAGCCACGCCUUCCUGAUGAAAAUAGACUGAACAGAGCCGACUCGAGCCCCCUUAAUAACAUCCCUAACUUUCCAAGAAUCCUAAUCGACGGUCCAUAUGGAGCACCAGCACAAGACUACAAGAAUUUCGAAGUUGUUCUACUAGUGGGUCUAGGAAUCGGAGCUACUCCAAUGAUCAGCAUCGUCAAGGACAUAAUCAACAACUUAAAAGGCAAUGGAGAAGAGGAAGGACGAGGCAGUAACGGAAGAUGGUCACCGAACCACAACAUGGUCACACCUCCUCUUUCUCCAGCAAGAAAAAGUGAAAUGUUCAGAACCAAGAGAGCUUACUUCUACUGGGUCACAAGAGAGCAAGGGUCGUUUGACUGGUUCAAGAACGUGAUGGACGAAGUGGCCAUAACAGACCGCAACAAGGUCAUUGAGCUGCAUAAUUACUGCACCAGCGUCUACGAGGAAGGAGACGCGAGGUCUGCACUGAUCACGAUGCUCCAGUCGCUGAACCACGCGAAACACGGAGUUGACGUUGUGUCAGGAACACGUGUCAUGUCCCAUUUCGCUAGGCCGAACUGGAGAAGCGUUUACAAAAGGAUCGCUGUGAAGCAUCCCAAGACUAGAGUCGGAGUAUUUUAUUGCGGAGCAGCUGGAUUAGUGAAAGAGCUACGGGAUUUAGCACUGGAUUUCUCUCAUAAAACUUCCACCAAGUUCUGUUUCCAUAAAGAAAAUUUCUAA